AUGGCUGGGAGUUCCAAUCAACCCUUGUUAGCAGGCGUUGAUGAUGACGAGGGAAAUGAGAAACUUGCAUCAAAGGUCUGGAUUGAGUCAAAGAAGUUAUGGCACAUCGUGGGACCUUCCAUUUUCAGCCGCUUAUCCGCCUACUCCAUGAACCUCAUUACCCAAGCUUUUGCUGGCCACCUUGGCAAUAUUGAACUUGCGGCCGUUUCCAUAUCCGUCACUGUCAUUACUGGCUUCAAUUAUGGCUUCUUGUUAGGAAUGGCAAGCGCUUUGGAGACACUUUGUGGGCAAGCUUUUGGGCCGAGGAGAUACGACAUGUUAGGCAUAUACGUGCAGAGAUCAUGGAUUGUGUUAUGCUCGUGUUGUUUCUUGCUGUUGCCUUUGUACAUUUUUGCCACACCGAUUCUGAAAUUUAUAGGACAGUCUGAUGAGGUGGCGGAACUGUCAGGGGCAUUGGCAAUGUGGUUGAUACCAUUACAUUUCUGCUUUGCGUUUCAGCUUCCAACGAGUCGUUUCUUGCUGAGCCAGCUCAAGACCCAAGUGAUAGCAUGGGCUUCAUUUGUGAGCUUGGUGGUCAAUGCGAUAACGAGUUGGCUAGUCGUUUAUGUCUUGGAUUUUGGUGUUGUGGGUUUGGUUGUUGCUUUAGAUAUCUCUUGGUGGGUUUUGUUUUUUGGGCUUUAUGGGUAUACUAUAUUUGGUGGUUGCCCUUUCACUUGGACUGGUUUCUCUAUGCAAGCCUUUUCGGGCCUUUGGGAAUUUUUCAAACUCUCCGUUUCUUCCGGAGUCAUGCUGUGCUUGGAAAAUUGGUACUACAGGAUACUGCUAUUGAUGACUGGGUAUUUGAAAAAUGUCACUUUAGCUUUAGAUGCUUUGUCAAUCUGUAUGAAUAUCAAUGGGUGGGAAAUGAACAUUCAUCUUGCUUUCUUUGCGGCUACUGGCGUAAGGGUAGCUAAUGAGCUAGGAGCCGGCAACGGUAAAGCAGCGAAAUUCGCCACAAAGGUGUCUGUGAUACAGUCAAACAUUAUUGGCAUGUUCUUCUGCUUGCUUAUCAUGUUAUUACGGGAAAAGAUUGCAUUAAUCUUCACAUCCAAUACUGAUGUCCUCAAAGAAGUCGACAAGCUUUCCUACUUAUUAGCCAUAACAGUUCUCUUUAACAGUGUUCAACCGGUUUUAUCAGGAGUAGCUGUUGGAUCCGGAUGGCAAGCGAAAGUAGCAUACAUAAAUCUCGGCUGCUACUACCUCAUUGGUUUACCGCUUGGAUUUCUAACGGGAUGGCUCUUCCACUGGGGUGUUAUGGGCAUCUGGGGUGGAAUGAUCUUUGGUGGGACUGCUGUUCAAACAGUGAUCCUGGCCGCUAUAACUGUUCGAACUGAUUGGGAAAUGGAGGCCGAAAAAGCUAGCCACCGGGUGCAGAAGUGGUCAAUUCCAAAAUCAGAUAACCAACCACAGGUUGAAGAUUUAUCACACUAG